GGGAGCAAUGCAAUUGUUGGUGGCAGCUGGAGCCGCGGCAGUGCUGUUGCCCUUGGCGGGGGCACAGUUUUCAUUGUGGCACUCAUUGUCUAACCGUGGCAAGGCCAAGUUUCGCGACCCGCAGGAUGCACUGGACAUGCUGUCCAACGUGGGAUAUUCUGCCUUGCUGGAUCCUGAUCAGGAAGGUUCGGGCGGUCCACUCGAUACGAAGCGGGUCCUCGAACACGUCGCCGCGCUUUCGUGGCCUGACGUAAAUAUGUUGGCGGUUAUGGAGACCUUUGACACAGGUAUAACGACGCCGCAGACCUGCUCGACGUGCGAAUACUUGGUGGGCGUGCUGAAAAACUAUUCCGGAACCAUCUCCGGGCGCCUAUUGGUUGCCUUCUUGUGGAUCGUAUGCUACUUGCAGUCGUAUACGACGAGCGAAGUAUGCACGGGAAUCGUCAGGGCCUACAAGGACGACCUCGGUUAUGUGAUGAGGACCACGAGGUCCUCUCCGAACGAGAUAUGUACGCUCAUGUUCGGCAGAACGUGUGGAAAUUUGACGUUGCCCGAACACGUGUGGAAGAUAGACGUUCCCGAAAGGCUUUCCUCCACCAGAUCAGCAACCAAGGUAAGGGUACGGUCAAGGGACACGUCGGGGUCGUCCCUUCGUGUGCUACAGCUGUCGGACACGCACUACGACCCCGAAUACACCGAAGGCAGCCUGGCAGCCUGCGACGCGCCACUGUGCUGCCAGCCUGAUUCGGGAGAGGUGCAGAAUGACACCGACCGCGCGGGACGCUGGGGUGACUUCCGCCAUUGUGACGUGCCCUUCCGCACGCUGGACAGCAUGCUCGAGCACGUCGGAACUCAGGGACGCAAGCCCGACUUCGCCUACUGGACUGGCGACCUCCCACCGCACGACUUGUGGAAGGUGACGAGAGCGACUAACGUCAAGAACUUCGUGACCACCUUCGCGGCUAUUGGCAAGCGGCUUCCGGGACUCACGGUCUACCCGGUUGUCGGAAACCACGAAUCUGUUCCCCCGAACAUGUUCCCCGAGAGUGGCCACUCUGACGCGCAGAUCGCCGAGAAGUCGAAGUGGCUGUACAACACCUUAGCCGACGACUGGAAGGUCUGGCUUCCAGAAGACGCCGUGGCCACCGUCAGAAGUGUAGGAUACUACGUCACGAAGCCAACGAAGGGCCUACGAGUGAUAUCGCUCAACACAAACUACUGCUACAUUUUCAACUUCUGGCUCUUCGUGAAUUCGACCGACCCUGGAAACCAGCUGCACUGGUUGGUGGACCAGCUACUUGAUGCCGAGCGCGUUGGCGACAAGGUUCACUUGAUCGGGCACAUACCACCUGGCUUAUCUGAUUGCCUUGAAACUUGGAGCGCCAUGUUUCACAAAAUCGUCGAAAGGUUUUCAGACACAGUGGUCGGCCAGUUCUACGGUCACACGCAUUACGACGAGGCGAUCGUGUACUACUCCUCCGCCAAACGGUCACGGCCUUUCGGACUCGCUUUCGUCGCUCCUAGCGUCACCACAUACUCCUUUCUAAACCCCGCUUACCGGAUGUACGACGUCGACUCGGAUUCCAAGCUCGUGACGAGACACGAGACGUACUUCAUGAACUUGACCGAGGCAAACCAAGAUGGCGGAGAGCCUCAGUGGAGACUAGAGUACAGCACCGACGAUUUAGGCCUGGAUCAUGCAGGGUACGAGGACUGGGACGCACUCAUCCACACCAUGGAGACCAACCAGACCCGGUUCGACCAAUAUGUUCGGUACACGACGCGUCGCGAAGGUGAGGAGACCAGGUGCGACGACGAGUGUCGCGAGCUACUUCUGUGCCGCUGGAGAACAGACCGGGCGCACGAUUACUCGGCCUGUCCACGGGACCCUACUGCCACGUGAACAAUGCCACUGGGACUCAAGAGAAGCAAUCGCAACCGGACGUGUAAUCGCGAGCAAUGACUAUAUGCAGCACUGAAUCUGAUUUCGAAAACUCGAUUCCAACUCGCAAUUCGAAUCUGUUGCAGGUAUACAACGUUUUCUAAUUACACGACCUAGACUCCUUCGAAGGCUGUGCAGCAACAUUGUGAUCCGACUAUGACAACCACUGUCCGAUGGUACUGCACGACAAGCGCAUACUAAAUCUGAACUUUCAUUUGACAAAAACGAGUAUAUACAAGAAGCAGAACCAGACAUGCACCACAGGCAAAAAGUUUUCUGCAUCUUGUCCCACGUUAUUUCGAGUUAUUUUUCCCCACCAGUACCCAACUCACCUAACAGCCUUCAAAUUCCGCGUAUUAUCACGUAACAAUAAAUGCACAUUAUUUUCGAUAGUAUAAGCUGCACACCAUCCUCAUACGCUCGACGACGAACUUUACACGGAAGACGAAAGCUUUUACACAAAGAGCCAUGGUUGGCGUCCAGUGAAUUCUCAUAACUGCCCUUUUGUUUCGCUAACGCUAGUCGCAGAUUUUCGCCCCAUUUUUGAGGACACAAAGCGCCCACAGUGGAGUUGUCAGAUCCAUUUAAACAAGCGCAUAUUGCGCUCGUUUCGCCGGGUCGCUGGUAUAAGUCUGCAGUUGCUUGUCGCAUUAAUUUUUAUAUAACUUUUUGUUGUUAUACUAAAUUUCUGGGAUAUAUUAUCUUAGUGAUCAUCAUGUUCAUCUUCACUAAUACUGAGUUUGUCGAACACUGAGUAGUUGAGUGUUGAACUCAAACAUACGCUGGGAGAAUAUCAACAAUCAACGGUAAUCAGGCAAACGUACAUGCGUGAGUGUAUUGAUUUUUUCAACUUCGCUUUGUAUUUGAGUGAAAUUGUUUUAUUAAAAUAAAAAUAUUUUAACGGACGAA